AUGCAUUUAACCCCACUACCACCCAUCAUCCCUAUCGCAAACUUCCCCUCUAACCUCCAAGUUACUCACUCCUCCACAUCGUCACGCUCCGGGGAAGAUAUGUCGCAGAACGAAAAGAUCGACAUGUCAGAGUUGUCCGGGAAGACGGAUACGGAGCAUCGCGAACAUUUUUCGUCUGUCAAUUCCUCUAGAUCGAUAACGAUACCAUCAAGUCGUCCCAACGAGAAAGCUCACAAUGACCUCGCUAACGAAGCUGGCGAAAUAGAACACACAGAGGAGAUCCCCCCAUUGCCAGAAUGGUGGUUAAGCAAAUAUCUUCCGGGUUAUUCAUCCAAGAGGAUGCUAAAGUUCAAGAAACCUCAUACAUACUACUGGGCGAUAAAUCUGCUUGCAGGUCUCGCGAUAUUGUUUUAUGGCUAUGACCAAGGAGUCAUGUCGCAAGUCAAUCUCAACGACAACUAUCUUCAGUUAAUGGGAAUCUAUCCCACAACAGGCAACUCCCGUAACCUCGCUGCACUUGGGGGCAUAGUUUCUGUUUACUACGGAGGGUCACUUAUCGGGGCCCUCAUCGGCGGAACUAUCGCUGACCGUUCAGGUCGUAUCACCGCCAUAAUACUAGGCGUGCUCACAUCCAUCAUCGGUGCUGUUUUCCAGUCGUCAGCAAUGAAUAUCACAUGGAUGUGCUGUGCACGGGUAGUUACGGGUCUAGGCGUUGGUGCUAUUGAUGCUGUCAUUCCCGUAUGGAGUAGCGAAGUUUCAUCCCAUCAAGCUCGGGGUAGCUUUCUUGCGGUUGAGUUCUUCCUCAACAUAGGGGGUUUAGCACUCGCCUACUGGAUAGAAAUUUUCGCUGGUUUGAACUCUAACAAAGUAAUGGCGUGGCGUACUCCGAUCGCUUUGCAGAUUGUAUUUUUACUCACCAUACUCGUUUUAAUUCCAUUCUUCCCCGAGUCGCCCCGUUAUCUAGCCAAAGUAGGCCGUGUUUCGGAAGCACGAGCUGUUCUUCAAGCUACUCGUUCUGGUGAUGUGGAGGCCGAACUUCGACUAAUCGUUCGCAGUGUCAUGCAUGACCGCCAGAAUGCACAUGACAAUCACUACACGAGUAUGAUCUUCGCUAAAACAAAGACUCAGCGAGAACUACGAUGGAGAGUCGUACUUAGCGUGUGGUUGCAGAUCAUGCAGGAGUUGGUUGGAAUUGGUGUCAUCACAGUAUAUGCUAUCGACCUCAUCCAAGGCGCUGGAUUCAGUUUGUCAGAGUCCAAGCUCCUUGCAGGCUUCAACGAUAUAUCCUAUAUGUUUUGUGUUCUUUUUGCGGUAUUCACACUCGAUCGUUGCGGUAGGCGAAGUACGAUGGUUUGGGGUGCCGUAGCCAUGGCAUUAUUCCUGCUUAUCGGAGGUAUCCUAGAUAAAUAUGCUCAAGCAGAGGGACCCAAUAAAAGAAUGUUUGGUGGCGCAGUUGUUGCAUUCACGUUCCUAUACACCGGUACUUUCGGCGCGACAUGGCUGGUCACACCAUGGUUAUACCCUACGGAGCUUUUCCCCACAUAUGUGCGUGCCAAAGGUGGUGCAUGGUCGGUCGUCGGUUGGUCGAUAGGAAAUGGUGUUGUCACCAUGAUUACUCCUUUCCUAUUCCAAGCCAUUGGGUAUGGUGUCAUGUUGCUUCUUUUCGGGUUGAACAUCUUCGUGAUUCCCUUCAUCAUCUUUAUGUACCCUGAAACUUCUGGAAGACCUUUGGAACAGAUUGAUGACUUCUUCAGCAAUGCAACGUCUUGGAACGUUUUCAAGGCUUCGCAACAAAUUCGGGAUCAAGGAUUCGUGGACUGGCAAUGGACAAGGAAGUACAAAGGAGGCAUUGAGCAUGAGGAUGUUGCGUUGGAAACCAUCGACACCAAGGACGAAUCCAAAUCAACGCAAGGUCCUUUCACGCGUUUACGAAGGAAAGCAUCGGCAGCAGGCUUGUUAUAA